AUGAGUGAGGAGCCUAAAAGCGAAGGAGUUGAUUUUCCCCUGGACGACAGUAUCUCGCUGGUUGAAGAUGCUGAAGUGCAAAUUUGUUUUCCCAAGAGCGGCGUUGAUCUUGCCAAAGCACGUAUUGAACAGCUUGACCAGGAAAGAGCCGAGCGUGUGGCAAAACGGCGCAACCCAUCGAACCCAGUGAAGAAGGUACUGCACCGCAUCAUACCCUAUGGCGGUAUCUUGUCAUCCGGUUUCAACCUCGCCAGCUCCUCCCUUGGUGCAGGCAUCAUUGCCCUUCCAUACGCUUUCAACACGUCUGGUCUGGUGAUGUCGAUUGUGUACCUUGUUGUUGUGGCAGUACUCACGGUUUACUCAUUCACGCUACUUGGUAUCGCUGGGAAGCGGACGGGACUGCGUAACUACGAGCAGAUUACACGAGCGUUGCUCGGUCCUGGAGCUGACUACUUUCUGGCUUUUGUUCUGUGGCUCCUGAGCUUUGGUGCGGAAGUGUCUUACAUCAUCUCGAUGGGCGACAUUGUUGAGGCGUUUACGUUAAACGCGACUGGGGCUCCAGACUUCCUGAAAUCAUUGUCCGGGCGCCGACUGCUGACCAGCAUGGUGUGGCUUGUUAGCAUGUUGCCGCUCUGUCUGCCCAAGGAGAUCAACUCGCUGAGGCACUUGUCCAUUAUUGCAGUGCUCUUUAUUGUGUUCUUCGUCAUCUGCAUGAUCAUUCAUGCAGCACAAAAUGGCCUUGCCCACGGCACUCGGGAUGAUCUGGUGUACUUCCAAACAGGUAAUCAGGCUAUCCAGGGACUCUCCAUCUUCACUUUCGCUUUCAUCUGUCAACUAAACUGCUACGAAGUUUAUGAGGAACACUACAAGCCAUCUGUUACACGUUUGACAAAGAGUGCUGGGCUUGGUGUGUUUCUCUGUUUCAUUUUAUACUUCUCCGCCGGUUUGUUCGGUUACCUGGACUUUGGGCCGAACGUGACAGGCUCUGUGCUGAAAGAAUAUAACCCCAUCGAGGACAAGAUGAUGGCAGUCGGGUACGCAGGUAUCAUACUGAAGCUGUGUGUCGGCUACGGAUUGCACAUGAUUCCUGUGCGGGAUGCGAUCUACCAUGUUGUCCGUAUUGAUGUGAAAGCUAUUUCGUGGUGGAAGAAUUCUCUGGUGUGCGGCUUCAUGGCAACAGUGUCUCUCAUUGUGGGGCUUUUCAUUCCCAGUGUGACGAUUGUCUUUGGGGUCGUCGGCGGUUUCUGCGGGGGCUUCAUCGGCUUCAUCUUCCCUUCGCUGCUGUACAUGUACAGCGGCAACUGGACGCUGCGGUCGGUUGGCGUGCUUCACUACCUGGGGACAUAUUUUCUGCUCAUCGUCGGCGUAAUUGGUGUCGUCUUUGGCACCGCUGCCGCUGUGUACGGGGAGGUGGCUAAGUGA